ACUUUCUAAUAUGCCAAAAAUAACUUUUUUUAUUUCUGGUUUACGAAAAGUAAUUUUCCAUUAAAAAAUAAAUAAGUGCUACAAGAAAUAAUCCAAUAAGCAAAAUCUAUAAAAAUAAUACAAACAAAAAUCUCUUCUAAUCCAAUCAUUAGUGAUUAUUUUAUAAAAUUAUUCUUGAUUUGAAAAUCUUUUUUGCUUGCUAUGGUCGCUUCCGAUCAUAGCCUUGGUCUCAAUUUAAAAAAUAGAUUUAUUUAGAAUUAAAUGAACUGUGAAAUGCCUCGCAACUGCAUGUAUGAUCAGUUAAAAUAACUAGGGUGCGGCACACGAGUAUCAUAAACAAAUUAUUUAAGGUGAAACCAUUUUACCACAAACAUACAAUCAAUUUAUACCUAAAAAAAUAAAAUUUUUAAGUUACAUAUUAACUGUAAUAUAGUUUUAAGGUAGUCACGAACUCGUCUCAAGUUUUCUCAAACAGCUGUUCGCAGGGAGUUGCCACAGUAUCGAGUUUCCUUUACUGGCAACUCCCCGCCCUUGCGCGUGUACUUUGUUGAAUAGUAUGAGUGCGGGCGAGUUGAAUUGGAGUAUUCAAAUUAAUUACGUGAAUCGCACUUAUCGUGGAAAAGCUGCUUGAAAGCUCGACGCGGACAGCUUAAACCUGUUAUCAACUAGCUUGUUGGGGAGCGUGAUUACUUGUUUUCGUCCAGUGUCGCUCCAUCGCUCAUUUUCGUUCCAGCAGUGUCGCAUUCAAGUUCUCCGAUCCGCUGUGUCUCUGAUUGCAUAUAUGUAUAUAUUUGCCUUCUGACCAGACUACAUAUAUUUCGCGAUUUGGUUGUGUAAACAACUGGCACCGCGUCCCGCGAAUCCAGAAUUCCCCGAACAAAAGUAACGAUCGGGUGUAUUAUCUGCGAAAACGAAGGGAAAAAAAAUCACACGGAGUGGCGCUGCUGAAAAACCCGUGAGUCACCGCGACGUGGCCCAAGAUAAUUUCCCCGUCGAAUAGAGACUUCGGGGAAGUACCUAAAAAACGAUUGGUCAGCAGCGAGGCAGCACGGGUCGUUGAAGAUCAUUAGUGGCCCGCUCGCCAAAUGCUGUGGUCGAGUUUCUGCGACGCAAUAGAAAAUCGGUAAAGAAAUUCAAGCAAAGAUGAAUCAAUACUAUGACCUGGACAAGGGGAAGAAUGUGCUGUUUAUGAACGAUGCCUCCAGCACAAGUGGAUACAGCAGCGGCAACUCACCGACCUCAACCACCCAGUCCUUGUCGCCCGCCCACUCCCCGGCCACCAUGGCCUUGCAAACGGAUUUCGCCAAUCUCAACUUGCCAGCCGGGAACUCACCACAUCAACCGAUGCAAAGUUCACCAUAUCAGCUGUUGAAUGGCGGUUUGACUCUGGACGCGACUAAUUUGUUAAAUUCCUCUGGUGUCCCGAACGCCAUGAAUUUUGGCAAUAUGUACAACAUGGAUCACCAGUACCACAUCUCGACAUCGGCUGCGGCGUCGCAAGUUCAACAAAACUUUGGCUACCAGUCGGCGCUUGGCAUGCUGCCACCUGGCGAUUCAAAACACGUGCCCCAGCUGAGAAUCGUGGAACAGCCAGUGGAGAAGUUCCGCUUUCGGUACAAGAGUGAGAUGCACGGCACCCACGGCUCCUUGAACGGUGCCAACUCGAAGAGGACCCCGAAAACAUUUCCGGAAGUCAGUCUGUACAACUACGAUGGUCCCGCCGUAAUCCGAUGCAGCCUAUUCCAGACGAACCUGGACAGCCCCCACUCGCAUCAGUUGGUGGUGCGCAAGGAUGAUCGGGAUGUGUGCGAUCCGCACGAUCUGCACGUGUCCAAGGAGCGCGGCUAUGUGGCUCAGUUCAUUAACAUGGGAAUUAUUCACACCGCCAAGAAGUACAUAUUUGAUGAAUUGUACAAAAAGAAGAAGGAUCGGCUGGUCUUCCAAAUGAACCGACGCGAGUUGUCCACCAAGCAAGUGCAGGAGCUGCACCAGGAGACCGAGCGGGAGGCCAAGGACAUGAAUCUUAAUCAGGUUCGCCUUUGCUUUGAGGCCUUCAAGAUCGAGGACAAUGGCGCAUGGGUGCCACUUGCGCAUCCGGUGUACAGCAACGCGAUCAACAACCGCAAGUCGGCCCAAACCGGAGAGCUGCGCAUCGUUCGGUUGAGCAAACCAACCGGCGGCGUCAUGGGCAACGACGAGCUCAUCCUGCUGGUGGAGAAGGUUAGCAAGAAGAACAUUAAGGUGCGCUUCUUCGAGGAGGACGAAGACGGCGAGACUGUGUGGGAGGCGUACGCCAAGUUUCGCGAGUCGGAUGUCCAUCACCAGUAUGCGAUUGUUUGCCAGACGCCUGCGUACAAAGACAAGGACGUGGAUCGAGAGGUGGGCGUGUCCAUUGAGCUAAUACGCCCCUCCGACGAUGAACGCUCCUACCCGCCCCUGCCCUUCCGCUACAAGCCGCGCGAUGCGAUCGCUUCGAGAAAGAGGCGACGCACCUGCUCCUCCGCCACCAGUAGUUCGGGCAACUCCAGUUCCAACAAUUCGUUCGAUUUCCCGAAGACCAUUGCAAUGGCUCAGCCAAAUGGAAAGCCCAACUAUUCGCAGCACGACAAAACCAUCAGUCAGGAGUUUGGACGGGACAAUCAUCUGGAUGAUCUGUUGAACUCUCCGGACUACCGCAAACUCAUCUACCAGAAUUCAGCCGAGCUGGAGAAAAUCUGUCAGUUGGGCGAGUUGGUCGAGCUGCAGCAUGGGGGCGAGCUUCAGAACGACGGCCAUGGCCGCUCAAUGUCGGACGUGCCUUCGGCAAGAAAUUUAACCAAUUACUACCUGAACGAAAUCUUCAAGAUCUUCGACGAGGAUCGACACGCCAAAUCGGAAUCGGCUCGUCGGCGGGUGGAGGAGCUGUUCACAGAUCACGCCCUGAAGAACGAGAACAAUGACACGUUGCUGCACGAGGUUAUUAGCUGCAAGAAGGACAACUUGAAGCUGGCCAUUAAGACCAUACAGGUUAUGAACCAUUUCAAGCUCAAUGAGCUGGCCGACAACGCCUUGAAUGCGGAUGGAGACAGUGCCUUGCAUGCGGCCUGCCAACAAGAUCGGGCGCACUACAUUCGACCACUUCUGGGACUGGGCUGCAGUCCCAAUCAACAGAACCACGCUGGGAACACGCCACUGCACCUGGCCGUCAAAGAGGAGCACCUGAACUGCGUGGACAGCUUCCUGAACGGAGCUCCCAUCAGAGCGGGAGAAAUAGAGCUGGACUUGACGAUAAAGAACGAUGAUGGAUUAACGCCCCUGCACAUGGCCAUCCGGCAAAACAGGUACGAUGUGGCCAAGAAGCUGAUCAGCCACGACAGGAGUUCCAUUAGCGUGGCGAACACAAAGGACGGAAAUAACGCUCUGCAUAUGGCAGUCCUGGAGCAGAGCAUAGAGUUGCUGGUGCUCAUUUUGGAUGCCCAGAACCAAUCUCUCGCGGACAUCCUGCAGGCAACAAAUGCCGCUGGAUAUACACCCAUACAGUUGGCCAGGUGCAAGGCCAACGAGCGAGUGGUGCAGCUCCUGGAGAAAGUGUAUCCGGAGAAGAGCGAUGUGGCUAUGACCUGGAUACCGCGGAAGGUGAAAGAGGAGAUUGACUCUUCCUCCGAUGACAGCAGCGAUGCUGGGCAGCUAGAAAUCAAGGCGGAGGAGAUGUACAUAAAAACGGAGGAUGAGGACUCCGUUGAAAUGGAUUUGAGCAGUCGAGGAAGUCGGGAAACGGAAUCAAGUCAAGACGCUGAAAGCGGCACUUCCCAAUGGCACAAACUCCAACACCUGCUCAAGAACCAUUCUGUGUACGAGCAGCUAAGUGCUAUGCUCGGUGAACCGGUGGGUCAUGGUGCCGAUGCCCAGGUGCCCAAAUGGAAGCUAAUCGCCCGCCAAUCCCAUCUGGAGAAAUUCGCCUUUCUGUGGGCCAGUGCUGAUGAACUGUUGGAUUAUAUUCUGGACAAUGCCGCUACCGUGGACUUUGGAGCAUUCGCCAGCGCCCUGCAAGUGAUAGAUCCCAAGGCCUACGCCCUGCUGGACCGGGAUUUACGUUAGUCUCCUCUCCAGGUUACAGGAACCACCUCUACAGGAAAAAAGUUGUGGUUUAUUUUGUAUUGAACAUUUUUAUCAAUAAAAUACUUUAGAUUUAAGAUAAUUAACACUUAAA